AUGAUUUUGCUAUUUUCAACAGUGCGGACGGAAGAUGAACCAAAUCUAGUAAUCCGAUGUCCUAUCAAGGAAAUUACAAAAUAUCGUGAGUUUUUUUUUGAAGAUUUUUGGAUGAUGAAUUAAUUUUUCCCAUUUUCAGAUGUAACUCAGCUUCAAAAGCUAUCCGAGAGUUCAACUCUCAAGUUUUGCUGGAAAAUCGGGAAUUUCAAGGUAAGUUCUUUUUUCCUUAAUUUCUUUGAGUUGAAAAAUCAAACAAAUAUUUUAGGAAUUCUUCAAAUUAAUUACGAUGAACUUUGGAAGUUCUAAAACAUCCAUUUGCAAUAACUUGAAGACUAAAUUCAGGACACCUUCAAAAAGUCCAAAAAUUGGCCCGAUUCCAAAUCGAGUCACGAGUUAUGACAAAUGA